AUUGAUACCAGCUGAUCGGAGUUUCCUUUCCUUCAUCUCUCGCCCUUUCUUCGAGCUGGUUAACUCCGUGGAAUAUUGUGGGCAUUAAUGGCGGCGGGGGCGCGGGAAAAGAACGGCGCUAAGGGUUGCCGUUUCGCCUCCCUCCUCGACCUCGAAAUCCUCGCUUCCGUCUUCAUUUCCCGACCUCUCUCUCUUCGCCUAGCACACCAUUUUCGAGUUUAGGUUAAGUGUUCCGGGAUCUCCACUUCUCGUGACUCAGGGUCUUCAUUUUCUGUAAAUUGAAGCAUGGUCUUUAUUUCCUUGCACAUAAUUGAGGGUUUAGAGUUGCGCUUGUGAUCUUGGAAUGGAUGGGAGUAGCAGGUAUCGUGAAUCUGAGGAGUAUUACAAUCGUGGUCGGAGCAGUGACAAGGUGGUUGAGCUUGGCGAGUUCUUGUUUCCUGGUUCUUAUUGUGACAGAGGUAAUGUAGGACAAACAAAAGCAAUAAAUGAACAGAUCAAAUCUCACUCUACCCCACGUAAUGAGAUUGCUUCGCGUAUACAAUUCACUAGUGCUGCUAUGGAAAAUCCUUCUGUUGCUGAUUUGGAAAUGUUGCAAUCUGUGAAUUCCUUCUCUGAACUUCUGAGUGGCAAUGCUUAUCUUGGAUCAGUCGUCCAGCCAAAUAGUAGGUAUUUGCCACAAAUGAUUUCAAACUAUGCCGUCCCAGUGCCAUGCACGAGUUUUGUUAGAAGCAGUGAUUUGAGUGUGGUGCAUGGGAAGAAUGAAAGACUAUUGUGCAAGGAGUUGAUGAGCAACAGAGGAUGUGGUGCACUUCAAGCAUGGGAAAACAAUGAACAGGCAACACUGCAAAUAGGGAAUCGAUCAACAUUUCCUCCUGAGUCAGAAGUAGCAGACGAUGAACUUGGAUGUAAAGACUUGCAAGUUGCUCUGUGCAAAGAAUUGACAAAAAGUGAUGUUGGAAACACCGGGAGAAUAGUACUGCCAAAGAGGGAGGCUGAGGCUUGUCUUCCUCCUCUAUCUGAAAGAGAAGGCAUAGUAUUGCACAUGGAAGACAUGACACUUCAAUGCUCAUGGAAAUUUAAGUACAGGUUUUGGCCAAAUAACAGAAGUAGGAUGUAUAUUUUGGAAAAUACAGGUGAUUUUGUAAGGGCACAUUGUCUUCAAACAGGAGAUUCUUUAAUUAUUUACCGAAAUUCAACUUCUGGAAAUUUUUUUGUUAGGGGAAAGAAGGCAAAUCCACAGCAAUCUCCUAUGGAUUUAGUGACGUGCAACUGGAAAAAUCAAUUCAGUACCGAUGAAGAACACUGCAGCAGUUCCAUGUACGAUAAAUGAAGCUA